AUGGGAGUAACAAAAAAACCAGAUUUGAAUGAUCCUGUAUUACGAGCUAAAUUAGCUAAAGGUAUGGGUCAUAAUUAUUACGGAGAGCCCGCAUGGCCCAAUGAUCUUUUAUAUAUUUUUCCAGUAGUCAUUCUUGGUACCAUUGCCUGUAACGUAGGCUUAGCGGUUUUAGAACCAUCAAUGAUUGGUGAACCUGCGGAUCCUUUUGCAACUCCUUUGGAAAUAUUACCUGAAUGGUAUUUCUUUCCUGUAUUUCAAAUACUUCGUACAGUGCCUAACAAAUUAUUGGGUGUUCUUUUAAUGGCUUCAGUACCGGCGGGAUUAUUAACCGUACCCUUUUUGGAAAAUGUUAAUAAGUUCCAAAAUCCAUUUCGUCGUCCAGUCGCGACAACCGUCUUUUUGAUUGGCACCGUGGUGGCCCUGUGGUUAGGUAUUGGAGCAACAUUACCAAUUGAUAAAUCUCUAACUUUAGGUCUUUUUUAA